GGCCGACGUCGCGGACGACGAGGAGGACGUGUUCGGCUUCGGCGGCGGCAUGGGCGCGACCGAGCCGACGCCGCCCAAAGAGCUGACGUCGGCGCGGAACGCCAGCGUGGAGCAGCUCAUCGAGUCCGAGACCAAGGGCAUGAUUGUGCCGUGGCAGGCGGGCGUUGCCUCGGGGUCGAGCGGCGGCGCGAGUGCGCCGAAUGGCGAGGCGGCGCCCGCUGACGCCGCGCCCGAGGUGCAGCCCCCGAUCAUCGGUUGCCACGGCGCUCUCCCUGCGGAGGACCAUCGCGAGCAGAUGGCGAUCUCCCACAGCCUCGCCAAGGCCCGCCACGGUGUGCACGAGGACCUGGUCACCCCGCCCAGGAAGACCAGGAAGACGGGCUUGGCGCGCGGCGGGCCGCUCUCGCCCGUCGACCUCCAGGAGCAGCAGGCGAUCUUUGCGUCGAUCGUGUCGCAGGCGCAUGGGGAAACCAUCGCGAUAGACGACGGAGACGUCGACUUGGACGCAGAGAUGGAGGCCAUGCUCGAGGCCGAUCAGCCUGGUGGCGAUGCCGAGCAGCCCAGCGGUGGCGCGGCCGAGCAGCGUGAUAGCGAUGCCGGCUGA